AAUCCACAACAUUUAUAGUCCCGAGUAGACAAAGACAACUAAAACUAAAAGCAAGAAGACUGUUACAAGGUUGACUCACUGGCUUUAAACUGUGAGUAUUGGCUUCAUACAUGUAUGUCAGGACCUUGUUGAUCUGACCAUCAGGCAGACUGUUGUCAGUAUUUGGUAAGUACAGAGCUGGAGGCUCAUGGAGGUUAAAUAACAAAACCAAACUGUGGAUUUACUUCACAUGCUUUUGACACGCAACAUAUCUGGUGCUUAUUAUUACUGCGUACACUUGUCUAAAAAUAGAAGUCUGCUGUUUUGAUAUGCUCAUCCCAUCAGCCUGCCGCCAAGAAACAAGUAGAACAGGUGGCGAAACAAAGUCAAAGAAAAGACACGCAGUCACCACAUCCUCGAGAUCGGAGACAUUUUUUAACUCUGCUGAUUUCUAUUUUUUGUAAACAUGAGCGAGUCUUCAUUGUCUUCUAGUAUCAACAACAAGGAUCGUGGUCUUGGGAAAAACUGGAGCUGGGAAGAGCAGCCUCGCCAACACCAUUUUCGGAACGAGUUUGUUCAAGAUAGACGAUUCACCCAAUUCUGGGACAAGUGAAUGUAAAGCAGAAACCAGAUGUGUCAACGGGAGAAACCUCAUGUGGAUCGACACUCCAGGUUUUUUUGACACAGAUCGACCUGAGGAGGAGCUGAAGCCUGAGAUAGUGAAGUGUAUCACAGAGUGCACUCCUGGGCCUCAUGUUUUUCUCAUUGUGCUAAAAGUGGAAAAAUACACAGAGCAGGAGAAGAACAUCAUCAACAAACUGCAGCAAUGUUUCUCUGAAGAAGCUCUAACAUACGCCAUAGUUCUCUUCACUCAUGGCGACCAGCUCCCCGAGGGAAAGAAGAUCGAGCAGUGGGUCGAUCUGAACACAGAUCUGAGGGAUCUGAUGAAGAAGUGCGGGAGACGGUUUCACGUCAUUGAUAACAAAUACUGGAAGAACAAGCAGCACGAUGAAUACAGGAGCAACCAGUUCCAGGUGGCAGAGCUGCUCAAGACAAUAGAUAAGAUGGUGGAGGCAAACAAAGGAAGCUGCUACACCAAUGAGAUGCUACAAGCAGUGGAGGAAGAAAUACAACAAGAGGAAAAGCUCAUUAAAGAGUCAAAUGCAAACAAGUCAGGGGAAGAGAUCAGAGCGGAGGCUAAAAGCAACGUUCAGAAGCGCUUGUUCAUCGCUGUUUCAGCAACAGCAGUUUCAGCAACAGUCUUGUUGGGAUGUUUCCUUGGUCUGAAAUUGAUGAAAGACAGAAUGCUAAUAACAGGAUUAGGGCUGUUUCUUAGCAAGUAUCUGCCAAGAUGAUAAGUAUCAUAACACAGGAGUUACGAUCCAUAUAGGGGCAUCAAAUGUCAGAUUCAUGAUCUUUUUCUUUUGAUGAGAAUCCUAAAUUUGAAUUUUUUUUUUGUAGAGCUGCUAAAAUUCUUUUAUUACAAAAUACAAAAAACAAUGAAUCAUGACGUGUGUCUGUACUGAGUAUGAACAACAAGUAGUCAAGUAUUAAUGAGAUGCAUUUUAUAUUCUGCUGUCCAUCAGACUUCAGUACAUACCAUCUA